GAUAUCGAUUUCUUUGGUCAACGCGGUGUGUUCUGUCGUCUUCUUCGUGCUAUUGAGACUCCUGACCGCAUGGAAAUUCUCGUCACUCUUUGUAAUGGUACCUACUAUAUGGAAACGUUCAAAGUCAAACCCAUAUAUUUGGUAGACGCGAAUUACUGCUUUAAGAAUUUUAAGAGACACUUGACACUUGUAGAGGGAGCGCACCCAGAUAUCAACUUACCCGAAGACAGUUAUUAUUCAGCUGUUAUGAAGACUCAAUGUGAGCGGUAUAAACUAAUACUUAGCUACGGGGUCGACGCCGAACGGGAUAAUCACGACUUGGUCCCUCCUGGAAACUACAUUGAUAUCAAGACAAGACAUCAAAUCAAUUCUGAACAGAACAAGAACAAUUUUAGGAGGUAUACCACUCUUAAGUGGUGGUCCCAGGCAGUAAUUGCUGGAAUUCCUGAGGUGAUAUGUGGUUGGCGAGAUAAUAAGAAUGAACAAGUCAUUCUUUCCUCCAUGGAGCUAACGAAAACGGAACACCUUCCUCUCAAAGCACCCAUGAUGGUCAGUGGAAGGAGAUUCUGGGAGGCCGAUGCAUGUUUGGAAACUUUUCAAAUUCUUCUUGAUAACAUCAAGGACUUGAUCAAAGAAGAUGAUCCGAGAAUCGUCCACCGUCUGGAGCUGCCCGAGGUGAAGAAAGGAAAGGGUGUAAAGAAGAGACUUCAAGCUAGAAGAUUCAAACUUCUGGAGAAACGCCAAGAUGAUUACGCCAUUCUACCAGAUUGGUACCUACGUGAAGUCUUGUGGAUCGAAAAUCGUGAAUCCAGGCAAUGAUUACAGACAGCAAGGAUCUAGGGAAUAUUGAAGUUCAGGACUCCAAGCAAGGAUUCUUGAAGCUCAUGGCUCCAAGCAAUAAUUACAAACAACAUGGAUCUAGGGAAUCUUGAAGAUUAUUACCCCGAGAUUACCGACAACAAAGAUCUAUAGGGAUUCUUGAAGAUCAUGACUCCAAGCAAUGAUUACAGACAUUUAGCCUUUAAAUAUUCAUGUUUCAACUCUCAAGAAAGAAUUACCCACCACUGUGUCUUUCCUAUCUAGAAGUAAUGAGGAGAUUCAUAGUUAUCAUACUCGUCAAAGUCAUUAUUAUCAUCUUCCACGUACUCGUACUGCUUUUUAACAUGAUUAUUGCCACAGUCCAUUAUAUAGGAGUGAUCUACAAACCGACAUUAAACAUUCCAGUUCUAUAUAAUAUAAUUUUAAACGUAAAUUGUAAAUUUAUAUUUCAAACAAACAUCUGAAUGACAACCCCUCGGCACCCUGAUGUUCCUCCUUACUAUUGUCAGUCACCCUUAUCUCUUUCGUUUUUCCUGUUUCUCUCUUUCUUUUUAGAUAUUUUUUCUCUCUCCUCUUUUUGUUAACAUGUUGAUAUCAAAACGAAUUGAAUUGGGAAAUUUAGAUUACAAGCACUGCUUUUAAUAGUUUACCCUACAUAAUUAUCCUCAGCUUAUUGAUAAAUAUGUCCCCAAUAUGAAACAUUCAAAUGUUAUAACCAUUGUCUUACUCUCAGUUAUGAAUCUUUCAAGUAGAAACUCACAAUUCUCUAUAGUCGCUACCAACCGCUGUUGGCUUCAUCAGGCGAAUGAAACACCAGCACGUCUUUCCAAAUGAAACUGCGUCCAGAUCAGUAGACCGUAACGCCACUUGGUUUCCCCAGGGCGAGUUUCUACAACUUUCACAAAAUUCCAGCGAAAGAUUCAUAACUGAUUGAUAUCUCAAGUUUACUGGAUGAAUCAUAACAUUCAUGGACUUAUAGUCUUAUUUAUACUGAUGUAUGGUAUCAUCUUAUUAUUGAUUUUUUGAGUUUUGAUGGACGUUAAAUUUUCUUUGUAUUUAAUAUUAUGUGAGAUAUGAAAAUGAACCAAACUGAAACUGAGACAACAUGGAUCUAGGGUAUCUUGAAGAUCAUGACUCCAAGCAAUGAUUACUGACAGCAAGGAUCUAGGGAUUCUUGAAGAUCAUGACUCCAAGCAAUGAUUACAAACACAAUGGAUCUAGGGAUUCUUGAAGAUCAUGACUCCAAGCAAUGAUUACAAACAACAUGGAUCUAGGGAUUCUUGAAGAUCAUGACUCCAAGCAAUGAUUACAAACAACAUGGAUCUAGGGAUUCUUAAAGAUCAUGACUCCAAGCAAUGAUUACAAACAACAUGGA